AUUUAACAAUUAAUAAGGAAGUUUUGAAAUCAACACUUGGAUGGAGUAGCAAAUUUUACAAACCGGAAAAAUGUUACAAACACUUUAAAUAAUAAUCAGAUAGAACUGACGAUGAACUUAACGCAUCGAAUUAUUUUCAAUAUAGAAAAAAGAUACAUAUUGUUUUUCUGAUUUGUAAAAUAUUACUAUAAAUUGAAAACUGGAUACCAAUUUUAAAAUGUCAGGGAUUUUCUAUAAUAUGUGCACUAUAUUUUGUGUCAUAUUAUCAACAGUGAUCAUACCCGGCAACGGAGUAGUGCUAGACUGUUAUAACACAUCAAUUCGGGAGUACGACGGCCAUCAGCAGACGACUGUUACCGGAAAAGCGUGUUUACGAUGGGAUCAGUUUAAUGAAUACUUUGCGAGUUACUUCACAGAUGCCACAAUAUCAGAUGCAGCUAAUUUCUGUCGUUCUACACUGGGAUAUGGCGGUGCCUGGUGUUUUACGUCAAUAAGCAGAACUUUGGACAAUUGUGGUAUCAAUAAAUGUGGUGAUGAUGGUUUGCGUGAGUGUGGCAAAUUGAAUAUUGACAAACCCACCAUACUAGGAAGGAAUGUAACAUUUUCUUUCACCCCCGACACGUAUAAUCCGCAUGCAAUUCUAGAAUGGCAGCGCAGCAUGAAUGGAGUAAAUCAAUGGAAAACUCUCCCCUUAAAUUACAAGUUUACUCAAUACGAGAGAAAUAUGACUUACUACCUGAUAUUAACUGACAGUGUCAGAAACAAUGACGAGGGAUUUUACCGUAUUCAUUAUUAUAAUGAGACAAUACAUUGCUGGAUGGACGCUGGGAAAUUGACGCUUGAAGAACCACCAAGUGUACCUGUAAUUGUUGGAUUACAAGACAUAGAAAAUUGCAAAGACUGUAUUGUUGGUGAGCAUAAUGAGAAGUUCAAACUUGCCUGUGAGAUACAUGGUGGUUCCCGUCCUCUAACCGUCACAAUGACAAUAGGAAAUGAAUCAUAUAAACCUCUAGAAUGGAGUUCAACGACGUACAAUGUAUAUUUUAUUCUUAAGGAUCAUCAUCAUAUGAAACAUGUGGUAUUUUCAGUUAUGAACCAUGCAUUGUCAUCACCUUUAAGUGUCACUGCUAGGAUGUAUGUUAUAAAACCACCAACGUUUCAAUUUUCGAUGCCGGAAAUUCUAAGAGACGGCGAAGAUAAUAAUAUCACAUGCAUGCUAGAUGGUGGGAGACCUAACCCGGGUGUAUAUUUCAUCAUUUCCGGCUCAGAAUUAUCGUCUGCAAACUCACAUUUUUAUAAUUCGACUUCAUCUUUACAUACUAAUGUCAUUACGCUGACAACAUUCAAGAAAGAAUGGAACAAAGAAAACAUCACGUGCUGUCGAUAUAACAAAUGGUACAAAAUUGCGCGGGAAUGUUCAUCGCCUAAACAAGUUAACUAUAUGUUUCCUCCCUCAAAUGUGUUGUUAGAAGUCAAAGUUGAUGAAGGAAGAAUAACCAAAGCCUAUGCUGUAUGCAUUAUUUAUAGCUCGAACCCAGUCUGUAACGUUCAAUUUAGAGCCGCAAUCGGGAUAAUUGGUUCAAAGAGAUCCUCAAGCAAUAUAAGUCUACCCCAUGGUGCAUGGAGUUCUGUGCUUGAAGUCAACUUGAAUGUCAGUGUAGAAGACAAUGGGAAAGAUGUUACAUGUGUCGCUGAGUGUGACCAGUUUACUGUUGACCUUAAGAACACUGUCAAAAUACUUCUGCAUGCUGAUCUAGAUGGUAGAGAGACAGGAGAUGAUAUGAGUAUAACAGGCAAAAUCGAAACAUGUGUUGGAUUAGGAUCUAUAGUCGGGUCUGUGAUUGCCGUUUUAGCUGUUGGAAUUCUUAUUGGUGUGAUUUGUACCUUUUUUAUUCUUACUAGAAAAGGAAAUCUAAAAGACUCGAAGAAACAACAAACACCUCAUCCGACAAUGUCUCAAGAUAUAGAAUUAACUGGACCAUCAUCUACACUGGAUACCUACGAGCAACUUCAAAACAGAACAGGUACUGAAAAUAGGGAAACUUAUGAUUCUCUUGAAGCAAACUCCAGCUUACAACCAAACAGACAAUCUCAGUAUGAGAGUCUGAAUCAGGAAGCAGAGAAAUAUCACACAUAUACAGAUCUACAACAAAGCCGAUAGAUCUUGAGAACGUACUGAGAUAUCCGGAAACUCUGACUUUAUAGAAUGAUUAUUUGUAUUAUUUGUAUUUCUGUUAUUUUAAAAUAUAUAUUAUGCUCAAAUUUGAUAUUUGGAAAAAAAACUGAUAAUAUUACUGUUCAGUCUCUUUUGAAAUGUAACAUAAGCAGUCAUGUUUUGUAAAUUUACACGUUACGUUUUAAACUCUGAACAGUACAAGUAAUCUAAAAAUCUUAAAAUUAUCUGGCAGUUUUUGAAAAAAUAGACCAAAUUCAAUUGACAAAAAAUUUGGAAUGCAGCUUCCGCGCCUUCCAAACAUAGUUUUGACAUUCACUUAUUCAAAUAAGUCAUAUCAAGGAAGAAUUUACUAAAUUUCAAUAAAUUUCUUCCAUUAAGGUAGCUUACCCAAAGAUGAGUAUGGUAUAAUUUGAUGAAAAAUAUUAUUACAUAAAAAGUCUUACUGUACAUAAAUAUAUUAAGGGGACUUGGGUAAGUGAUGAAAAAAGAACUAUCUAUUCGUAUUCUGUUAUAUAUAUUUAUAACUAUAUCUUUUGUAAUAAGAAAAAAUCUGUUUCAAGAACUGUUAUUACUGGUAUCUAUUUUGAAACUUAAGUUUUGCAACAUUAUUCGUUUAGAUUUUAAUUUAGAUUUUAUAAAAUGGCAGUUUUAUUCAUUUUUGAUUAGCACUUGCUUAGCACAGAUAUGUGUAAUAUCAAAAGUAAAUUAAUGGACGAAAUGUCUUUUUAUUUCAGAGAGAUAAUUACAAAUCAAGCUUAUAUUAUCCUUUUUUUAUUUUGCUUAGGCGUGUGCACUUUUCAUUGGAGUGAUAUGUUGUUAUAGUUAUUAGCUUACAUCUUCUGUAGCAUAAAAUAUAUGAAACAUUUGUAUGCAUUUAUUACCUGUUGUUAUGUCUGAAUGAGUAUAUUGAAAGGCAUUGUCCGUUCGUUUGUCUGUUAAUUCAUCUACCAAAAAACUUAUAUGUGAAAAUUUUGGUAAGAUAUUAAUUUAAUUAGGCUUACAUUUCCAUGUGAAUAAGGAUAAAGACUCAGCAAAUAUCAUACUGGUGAAACACAUGGACUUUUUAGUAAUACGUCUAAUAUUGCAUAAUCAAGUAAUGAUCCUUUGUAUUUUUAAAAUAGUUUGACAAGUAUGUUUAUUUUAACAAGGUAACAGGUAUUGUUCGUAUUAAAUUUAGUUUGAAUGCCAUAUAUUGAGUGAGAAUUCUUUCUUAUAAUUUUAAUCAAGAAUUGAACUUCUUUUCAUGGAAGAAUUCCAGCAAGAAGCAAAUAUUGAAUUGCUUUGUUCAUUUCAAUCGUAACUGAUACAUCUGUAAAUAAGGAUGAGAACAUUGUGAAUGUUAAAUGACAUCAUAAUCGAUACUUUUUUUUCGAGUUUUAGGCUCUUAAGAACUUUAGAAUUAAGCGUCUGUAAUGUUUAUUGUCCAAAGACAUAUUUCAUAGAAUACAGCAAAAUAACUUCGGUUCCUUUAAAAAUGUCUUAAAAUUGAAAUUGUGAUCAACUCUCAAAUUAUUAAAGUAAUGUUUUACCACCUAUUCAAAGAUACUAUGGUUUCGAUUGGCAAUUAUGAAAUAUUGCUAGUUUAGCACAAAUGGACAUGCAUCUUGACAUUUCUUGACUGUUAAAAAUGUUCGUGCAAUGUGAAGUAAAGCCACUGCCUUUUUUAAUUUUGCUCUAUUGCAUUUUACUUAAAGUGAAUUGGUCUAUUAUGUAAAGGUCUGUGAUAGGUAAUUGAUAUCAUUCAUGGCAACAAACCUCAAAAGAAUAAUAUAUUUAUAUUUAUAUACAUGUAAGUCUUGUUGGAAAGUGUGAGAUACACGAUGUUAUAUUACAUAUAAUAGCUAUAUAUAGCAGAUGAUAAAUUGUUUUAGAACAAAAUAUUAUUAUUCAUUUCAUAUAAAUGUUCAUAUUAAAUCUCUCAGACCUCUUACCAACAUGUUAUAUCUAGAAAUAUUUCAUAUGAAUAUCUAAAUGAUACAUUGCUAUUGUUGUUUUUUUCAAUAUUUGAAUUAAUUAAAAAAAAUUGUGUCCAUGUAGACCAAUUCACCUUAAUAAUAAUACUCAUUUAUUAGUUUAUUGGAGUCAUUAUAAUACACAUUAAUAUAGAUGCAUUGAAAAGGUUUUUAUAAAGUAGAUUAUCAAUUAUUUGCUUUACAAUAUACAAUAUAAUUAUUUCUAUUUUAAAGAAUAUCAAUUUUCUAAUGUCGUAUUUGAACUCUUCAUCUGCUGUAAUAGAUUUAAAGUAAAAAGCUUAGAGCCAUGCAAGCUUUAACUUCCGAACAAACUGCAUAAAUUAUAAUGUUGAUAGCUGAUAUUAUCUAUUCUGGACAUAGAAAUUCCUUAAACAUUGACUAAACUGUCCUAAAUUUUAAGUCAACUUCGGUUAAAAGUAUGUUCAUCAUGACUAAACAAUAUUCUUAUAUGAACAAAUAUAUAUAUUAAGCAUUACUACUGAAAUUGAUGUCGUUCUUAGAGAAUCAACAGUGUUUCGUCUUUAUGUGAACACAAUUGAUUGCUCAUAGUUUGUUUGUUUUGUUUGUUUUUUUUUGUGUUUUUUUAAUCCUUUUUAAUUUUUGUCCAUGAUUUUGUUAUAGUAGUGUGUAUUCUUCUUAUAUCUUAAUUAUAUAUUUUCAAUUACUUUUUUAUGAGUACUUGAUAUCGCUAACGAUGUACGCCAAACGGCACGUUGUCCUGCGGCGUGUUGUUGCGAGGUCACGCAAUGCACAAUGUACCAAAUCAGCCACCAUAGAUAACGAUAUAGGUUGCGUUGUCGCUAUCGACAACGCAAUGCACAAUGUACCAAAUCUUUCGUAUGGUGGCUGUUUUGGAUCUUUUUUGUGUGUCGCGUUGUCGCUACCGCUAAACGGCUUGUUGUCGAGCCGUCGUCAUGUCGUCCUGUCACUAACGGUGCACGCAAAACGGCGCAUGUCGUGCGGCGUGUGGUCGUGAUAUCACAUUGUCGCUCAGCUCAAAUCGAAGGCUAUUCCUAUAUAUAUUAGCCACGCGACAGGGCGAGAUUGCGACAAUGCGUCGCACGACAACGCGCCACUUGGUGUGCUUCGCUGACGAGACGACAUUGCAACAACGCGCCCUUUGUCGCAUUUCGCGAUAUAGGUUGCAUUGUUGCAAUCGACAACGCAACGCGCAAAGUGUACCAAUUAAAUCAGCCAUCAUACGAAAGUGGUGGAUAUUUCUGAGUUAAUAACGGAUUUCCCGCAUUACAUAUUUCAAGCUAGUGAGGUUUAAAAAUAGAAUCUAUCGAUAAUCUUCUGUAAGUUGGUGUAAAACAAAAGAAAACAACGUUGACAUGUGAAGAGUUUAUAAGUGUGGUGCAUGAAAAAAAAACAUAAAACUGUCUGAUCAAUUUUAAGUUCAAUUUCAAUAUUCAAUUU